CGCAGCGUUGUCAUUCCCACUUCCUUGAUUCCAGCCACGUUUCGGUGCUGCGUUCUUCCAGCCGACCUACGACUUACAAACUUCCAUCCGGACCACUUUAUUUACUCUAUCCACAAUCAUGGACUCCAGACGCCGCCUCGAAGCCGAACUCAGAAACGGCGCGGCAUUCUACGAGUUUAUAAGAUCGCUAACGACAAACGCGAAUAAUGAUCUGCUUACACGCCUCUUCGAUAAGGCCACGAGGCUAACGCAACAGCGCCGGGGUGACGCGUCAAUCGCAACCCCCCUCGCGUAUAAGCAGCAGCUUAAACGAAGACUCAGACUUCGGGCUGUGUGGAGCCGUUGCCCUCCGCGGUUCUUCAUUAUGUGGUUUUCACUACUCCGUGCUGCUCGCGAGAGACGGCGCAAUGAUCCCCGAAGCCAGCAGCUGCUUGAGCGCGAGACCGAGUCCAGAAGGAGACUCAGGCGCGCAAUCGACGCGUUUCUGGACGCUGACACACUCGACUGGAGUAGACCGGCCCCAGCGGGUGGCCCCAGAUACGUCCUUUCUAGCGCGUCCAAUGAAGUCGCUCCUCAGGGAUCGAGUGAAAUGGCUGUUGACGGCGGAUCGGAUGAAAUGGCCGUUGACAGCGGCGAAAACGGGAUCAGGGAUGACGACAACGGCGCGGGCGAGUCAAUGAAUGUUGACAGUCUUGAACAGGCCAUGCGUGACCUCGACAUCUCCGGAACCGAGGACGCUUCUGUUGACGACCGUAUGGAGUGACCGUGUCCUUCAAGAGACGGAUAUCGUUCAAGUGGGAUCUGAUGGACGAAACAGCGUGGUAUUUCAGGGGUUAUUUCUUUCAGGUCUACGCAGAGUUCCCCUUUCUUUGUGGUUAGAAGCAUGGUGACUGUUGUUUGUUUUCUUGGAUUCACUGGACUGGUUUACAUGUCGCAGAUAGACGUGGUCAAUU